AUGAGUUCAAUUGUUACAUUCUUGCUUCUCUUAUCUUCGUUGGCUCUUUUGACUAUUGCUUAUGGUGAAGGCAGAGCUCCCCAUGGAAUUGCCUACGAGAAUCCCACGGCAUUCUCGCCCUCAGCAUAUGAAUUCUUCCAUCCCAAAACCCGAGUGCCGGGUUUGAGCCCCACCAUCGUCACUCUUGCUCAAAUGGGCAGUGCUAAAGCACUUGAAAGCAAGGUAUCGGCAAAAAAGGAAUCUGGGCAUCGACUCGGAGCCGGUGGGAUCGCUGGCCUUAUUUUUGGUUUGGCAUUUGUGGUGCUUUUGGCAAUGGGCGUUUGUUACGUGCUUAAUGUUCGUCAAACCAAUGCUAAUAGAGCAGGCUAUGUUCAAUCUGCCUAA